AUUCGGACACCCGGUCAGAAUUGGGUUCGGGCUGCAAAGCCUAUGUAUGUGUUUCUCUCCAGCCAUGUCGCGUCGAAGUAUGAGAUUGCUCACCAACGGCUACUACCGCGAAAAUGGUGAAAUAUACAACGAAACACAUAGCCCUCAGCAGCAGGUCUCUUACCGAGAGAGCCCCCUCAGAGGUGUCAGGGUGUUUAAGAAGAGGACGGGGUCUAGCAGGAGGGAGGUGUCCAGCAGUAACAGGUUUCAGGUGCCGGCCCCCCCUGCCACUGCAGCUGCCGUCUCCAGCGUCUCCGCCCCCAGCUUCUCACUAGGCUCCAUGGCCAGCGAGGAGCAGUACAGCGGUGUGGCGUCUGCCUUGAGGGCGGCUGUCCAGAGCCAGAGCCUGAACGAGGUCCAGACCUGCGGCCUCUCUGAUGAGCCCCUUGAGCCAGAGCCCCUUCUGUCUGAAGUGCCCUCUGUCGCCGCCCUGCCUGACGCGCCGAACAUUACGUCUGGCUACUCGUCCUCAGAGGAGACGGAGGUCUCCCGCUCCUCCUGGAACAGGAACAGGAAACGCAUCAUCACCAGGAUCCGACGCUCCUCCAGUGAGUAUGGCGGUUGGGCGGUCUGCGGCGAUCCUGACGCAGAGCAGCCAGUAGAGCCAGGCUUCACACGAGUGCUGUUUGGAGGUCUUCUCCAGCUCUGCUGCUACAUCCUGGGUCUCUUCAGGGAUGUGCUCCUCCCUAGCAAGGACAACCAGCUCGUAAAGAGGCCAAUACUGACUCUUUUGACUCUGACUCUUUUGGCUACUGGUGAGUCCUUUUCGUAUCUGUAG